AUUUUUGCUAAAUAUCAAAUCGCUGUUUUUCCGGAAUCAAGAAAACGAAGAUACAAAACGUUGGGGUAAAUAUCAAGUUUGGCUGUGUUGUAAGACGUAAGAAUUGAUCAAGAUGACAUCAACCGGCAAAGGAAGCAAUUUUGAUUAUCUUUGGGCUGAAACAGAGAGUGAAAGAAAACAAGCUCUGUCAACGCCAUUUGUCCAAGGUGUUAAGGAUGGAACUCUUGAUCCGGUUACGUUUGGUGGGUUCGUGGUCCAGGACUGUAUCUACCUAUAUCGACAGUAUAAAGCUAUCAUACAGGCGGAAAAAACAGCAAAGCCAGGGGUACUGAAGACUUUUCUCAUAAAACUGAUCGGCAAAUACGAGGGGUAUUACAAAGGUGCAUUCAAAUUAUGGCAUAUCGAUGAUCCUUCUGGUAUCAAGCUAGGCGAUGCUUGUCAGACGUAUGUAGACUUUGUAGACAAAGAAGCCGAUGAAACGGAAACAAUCUACUUCCUUGUGUCAAUAGCCCCAUGUCUGAAGCUGUGGUCCUGGCUGGGAACCCAAAUAGGGACAAAGCACGGUGCAUACGAUCAAUGGGUGACAGACAACUUUGCCGGAGGAAGUACUCUGAAGAGUGUAAUAGGAUUCAUAGACGAACAAAAGGAUCAAUUAGAUCGCGUCAAAGCUCUUGCCAUUUUCAAAGAUGGCAUGGGUCAUGAAUAUAAAUUCUUCAAUUCAGCCGGAAAGUAAUGAUAUCAAACAGAUUCCGUGGAACUGCUUCCCUGAUGAUCUCAGUGCGACCACCACUACAGACUUUCUGAUGAUUUAACUGUACGCUUUGUCCUUUCACAAGUGUCCACUGUUUACGUGGUUGUAGUGACAAAGUGAUUUGUCAAUAUUUACUCAAUCACAUAUAUAAAUAGUUUUUAUGAUUAAAUAUACUUAUUCCCGAUGAAUUUAUAUUUCAGAGGACUUUUAUUUAUGUAAUGUUUCUAUGCUUAUUUAUUAAACUUUCUGCUUUUAUCG